AUGACAUACCCACCUCAACAAAGCAGAUUCCAAGGUCCUCCAAGGAAAUUCGACCCUUUGCCCACCUCCAAAAGCGAAAUACUGAAAUAUCUAUUAAAUGAGCAACUAGUGGAACUCAGGCCUAUGCCACCCCCAAUUCCCGGAAAAGCUGCACCCAAUUUCAGGGCUAAUGAAAGGUGUGAAUUUCACGCCAACUCUCCUGGACAUACAUUGGAAAAGUGUUGGGCUUUUAGGCACAAGGUUCAAGACCUAAUAGAAUCAGGGGCUAUUGCUUUUGACAAACCUAACGUAAAGACAAACCCUAUGCCUCGCCAUGAUGGCACAGUCAACGCAAUAGAGGUAGUCACUGAGCAAGAGUUUGUUCAACAACGGAGCUCCCCCAUAGAUGCCCUUAAGAGGUAUCUACUUACAAAGGGGUUCAUCCUCGAACAUAACGAAGCCUUUAAGACAACCCUGCAAAGACUGGUGGAUCAAGGGGUAGUUCGGUUUAAGGAAUAUCCUGAGGAAGAGUAUGUGGCUAUGCUAGACAGGAAUGAACCAUUGAUGAUACCUAGGCAAGGGGCAAGGAAGACAUUAAUCAUCCCUUGCGCCAAAGCACCAUUGCUGAUACCCACACAAGUACACACUAGGAUCAUCCCGGUCAGAGACCCAUACCCUAUGGACAAAAUGAAAGCAGUCCCUUGGGAAUAUGAGUCUAAUACUAAUACCGACAUGACAAACAUCGUUGGGCCUGUGGGCAUGACUCGUAGUGGUCGCAUAUUCAAUACUGCAAAACCAAAUGAGAACCUGGCACAAGCAAGUGAUCAAACUACUGUGGUCCCUACUGAAAAAAGCACAUCCAAAGACAAAGAGACCACUAACAAAGAUGCUGAAGAGUUCUUGGCAUUGAUCAAGAAAAGUGAUUAUAAGGUGGUGGACCAGUUGCACCAAACUCUGUCCAGGAUAUCACUCCUCUCGCUGUUGAUACAUUCAAAAAAACACCGAGACACCUUGAUGAAGAUCUUGAGCGCUGCCCAUGUAACUAAAGAUAUCACUGUAAAUCAAUUUGAUGGAAUGGUGUCUAAUCUUACUGCUGGGGCAUGCUUAAGUUUCAGUGAACAUGAGUUGCCCUCACAAGGAAAAGAGCAUAACAAAGCCCUGCAUAUCUCCAUACAAUGUGGGAAAUCUCAUCUGUCUAGAGUACUGAUCGACACAGAGUCAUCAUUAAAUGUGAUGCCAAAGGCCACCUUAGACAAGAUAGAUUUGGAAGGACUAGUAAUAAGACCAAGCCGUCUGGUGGUCAAAGCCUUCGAUGGGUCGCAAAGCCCGGUGUUUGGAGAGGUGGACCUCCUUGUGGUAAUAGGCCCCCACACUUUCUGCAUCAAUUUCAAAGUGAUGGAGAUUGAACCUGCCUAUACAUGUUUAUUGGGACGUCCUUGGAUCCAUGCUGCUGGGGCAGUUACCUCUACUCUGCAUCAAAAGGUAAAAUUUGUGGAUGGAAACUCUAUAGUAACCGUCAAUGGGGAGGAGGACAUAUUUGUCAGCAAUCUGGACUCAUACCGAUACAUUGAGGCUGGAGAAAAAGCAUUAGAGACUUCGUUCCAAGCACUAGAGAUCGCAACUGCUGUCACGCUACCAAUUGAGAAAACGCGAAGGGCGACAUCGUCGUGCAUAGGCUACCACUCAAAGAGGGUUGUACACCGGUCAGACAAAAACGCAGAAGAGUUCGACCCGUCAUGGAUAAUAAAAUCCGAGAAGAGGUACUCAAGCAGUUUGACGCAAGUUUCCUCGCCGUAG